GGAGCGGUGACGUGCCACUGAACAGAAGAAUAACACUUCUUUUUAAAAACGGAAUAAACGCACGAGUCUUUCUAGUGGCACUUACAGGGUGCCUCUUGUACUUCAAACGCAGAUGCUAGAAUACAGGAAAUGUCAGGCGAAUUCUCAGAGUAGUUCAGUCACCCCUCGCGCCUCUAGAGAGAUCUGUCUUUAGUUGAAUAUUGCGCGUCAGACGGGAAGGGUCGAAGAAUACCGCUCCUGCCGUCCUGGAGACCGAUGAUACCAAGAUGCUCGGGCGAAUGCAGUAUAUUAAAUUAACGACAGCACUCGCGUUGCUACCGUGUGUGUUCUCGUUUAACGUGGAUGACAAGAAUGGGCUGAAUUUCAAUGGUCCGCUGGAGGACAUGUUUGGAUACUCAGUCCAGCAGUUUGAGAACAGUGAAGGGAAAUGGGUACUUAUCGGUUCUCCCCUGGCCGGCCAGCCAGACAAGCGGACUGGAGAUGUCUACAAAUGCCCUGUGAAUCGAGGACCAAACCCUAAAUGUAUCAAACUGGGGCUGCCUGAAAACACAACAAUACCGAACUUACACGAAGUCAAGGAAAACAUGACCAUGGGAACGACGUUGGUUACCAACCCUCAAGGAGGCUUUCUGGCUUGUGGUCCCCAGUACGGCUACAUGUGUGGUCAGCAGACGUACAUCUCUGGGGUCUGUACCAACGUCAGCUCAACCUUCCAGGUACUCAACUCCAUCGCCCCGGCCGUGCAAGAGUGCGCCAAAGAGCUUGACAUUGUCAUGGUGCUUGACGGCUCCAAUAGUAUAUGGCCAUGGAACAGCAUCAUUGAGUUCCUGGUCAAGUUUCUGAAAAAUAUCGAAAUUGGACCUAAACUGUCCCAGGUGGGCAUUGUGUCGUAUGGAGAGCAAGUCAUUCACAAUGUGAACCUCAGCCAGUUUAAAAACACUCAAUCCCUGCUGGGCAAAGUGAGGAAUCUUGAACAGCAACAGGGUGUCAGGACCAUGACCUUCCUGGGUAUCAACACGGCAAGGAAAGAGGCCUUCACCGUGGAGCGAGGGGCGCGGCCCGGGGUCAAGAAGGUCAUGAUAAUCGUGACGGAUGGAGAGUCACAUGACUCUCAUAACCUCAAAAAUGUCACCGCAGAAUGCGAGAAAGACGACAUUGAGAGGUUCGGUAUUGCUGUGCUUGGUGAUUACAACAGGAACAACCGAAGCAUCACUGAGGUGAAAAAGUUCAUUGAGGAGAUCAAGAACAUCUCCAGCGAUCCUGUGGGAGAUCACUUCUUCAACGUGUCCGACGAGUUUGCCUUGCUCACCAUCGUAGACGCUCUGGGAAGCAGGAUCUUUGCCUUGGAGGCAACGUCAGGUAACUACACCUCGUCGUUUGAGAUGGAGAUGUCCCAGGCAGGUUUUAGUGCCCACACCUCUAAGGAGGGUGUGAUGCUGGGAGCAGUGGGGGCGUAUGAGUGGAACGGGACAGUAGUGAUGCACACAGACCAGGGUACCAUGGUUCCCCUAAACGCAGACUUCCAUGACCCCCUGGACGAGAGGAAGGAGAGCCUGGCAGGGUAUGUGGGUUAUGAUGUGCAGUCGGCAUCAACCCCUAAUGGUGUAUUGUAUAUCACGGGAGCACCGCGGUACAACCACACAGGCAGAGUCAUUGUGUACAAACUGGAUGGGAAACACAUCAGAGUCACACAAGUGCUGAAAGGAGAGCAGAUUGGAUCCUACUUUGGAAGCGUGCUCCAGACGGUUGAUGUUGACCAGGACUCAUACACAGACAUCCUGCUGGUGGGAGCUCCUAUGUACAUGGGCCCAGAGAGGGAGGAACAGGGACAGGUGUACGUUUACAAACUCAAUGAGAAGGGCAUGUUUGAACACCAGGCCACGCUGAAGCCAGACAACCAGACGUGUUGUACCUCGGCCCACUCCCAUGGCUGCACCGACGUUAGUAAGAAUGACCCGUGUGGCGCCCGUUUCGGCACCGCCAUCGCAGAGGUCAGCGACCUGGACCUGGACGGGAACCGGGACGUGGCCAUCGGGGCACCGUUCGAGAAUGACCACAGAGGAGCCGUCUACAUCUACCACGGAGCCAAGAAGACUAUCAAGGAGAAAUACGUCCAGCGUAUUCCAGGUCCUGGAGACGGGGUGAAGACUAAGUUCUUUGGCCAGUCAAUCCAUGGAGUCAUGGACCUGAACGGAGAUGGAAUCAUAGACGUUACCAUCGGAGGUCUGGGAGGCGCUUCUCUGUUCUGGUCCAAGGAUGUUGCUGAGCUUUAUGCCAACAUGACCUUUGACCCGAGCAAGAUCAACCUACAGCAGCCCUCUAAAGGCUGUAUGUUGGGCGGGAGGGAAACUGCGUGCGUGAAGACCAGGGUCUGCUUUAGCUACAGCGUCAAGUCUGAGAAGGAUGACACUAACUUGGGCACAGCCAUUAAGUACAGCUUGACACUGGACUCUCUGAGGGCGAAGUCGAGGGCUGCGUUUGUCAACAUAGACGAGAGAAGUGAGAGGAAGGCCCAGGCCACCGCCAAGAUCAUAGACAAUCUGUGUGUGGAGCAUUUAUUCGCCAUGAAGGCUAAAUUGGACUUCAGAGACCCAAUCAUGGUCUCCCUAGAGUUUGGCCUGGCUGAGGACACGGGUCCCGUCCUGGAUGGAAAUCUACCAACGUCACUUAACAAAACGAUUCCUUUGGUGGACUGUGGGACCGAUGACAAGUGCAUAGCUGACCUAUCGCUGAAGGCUGUGCCAAGUAUACAAAGUCUUGUGAUCAAAGCGAACAAGGAGAAGUUCCACGUUCUGAUCACCACUAGAAACAGAAAAGACAAUGCUUACAACACCAAAGUUAUGCUGAGCUUUACUGAAAACAUUAACUACGUCAAGGUCGAGCCCAAAGAAAAAGACUGCAGUCUAAAUAAUACCAAAGUUGAGUGUGCUGUGGGAUAUCCAUUCCUCAAAAGCAAUGUAGAGGAGGUCUUUAAGAUCCUGUUUGAAGUCAACCCUGCACAUAUCUGGAAGGAGAUUCAGAUCAACGUAACUGCAACCAGUGACAGUGAUGAAGUGAACACCACCCUUUUUGACAACUCUGUGAAAAUCUCCAUCCCUGUGAAGUACGAGGCUGGACUUAGAUUCACAGCUGACAGGCACAUGAAGGAGGACCACGUCAUAGUGAAAGAGGGAGAGCAGCACCCCAGCGUCUUCAACGGCACCAGUGUGAUAGGAGAAGAGGUCAAGAUCAGCUACACGAUUAAUAGGGAUGUGGAUAUGGCGACUCCUCCUCUGAAGCUACGGGUGAAGUACCCGUACCUCUCACCCAGAGAGAACAUCCUGCUUUACCUGACUCACGUCACCUCCUCACAGGAUGUGACAUGCCAUGCCGGCCAUCUGAUUAACCCUUUAAAGAUCAACCACAACAAUGUCCACACUCUCAACCUUAAAAAAGAGACCCUCAGUGACUUCCUGGUGGGCUGUAAGGACCACCCAUGUAAGUCAUUUGACUGCUCCAUCCCCCACGUCAACAACAGCCAGGUCACUGUUACCUUCAGGGUGUGGAAGCCCACCUUUAUCAAAGCAGAGUUCACCAGUCUUCAUAUGAUAGUUCAUGCCACCUUGGAGAACCAGAACCCCGAUCUCUUCAUGUUGAGUACCGCUAAUAACGCCAGAGAUGUGAAGAUCCAGGUGUCUAAAGAGGCUUUGGGAGGUAUACCGCUGUGGAUCAUUAUAGUCAGUAUCCUAAUAGGACUUCUCAUUCUGGCCCUGGUCAUCUUCGCCCUAUGGAAGGCUGGAUUUUUCGAAAGAAAAUCCAUGGAGGACAUGGAGAAGGAGGACAUGAAGAAUUAACCCUUCCACCACCCUGUAGGUCUGUCUGUGCCCCACUGUCUUUAGGUCUGUUAUCAGGUCAGUCAGAGGAGAUACCGUAGGAAAUACCACACCAACCCAUUCACCUGAAUGCCAUCAGGUCAGAGGAAAAGCCAGAGUUUAUCUAUGGUUCUGCACCAACCCAUUCACCUGAAAGUGAUGUGGCCCAUCUAUAUGAACAACAUGGUCUACCAGUCUUAAUAACAACUUGGUUCGGUUCAGUGGAAAGAGAAGCCUUGGGAAACAUUGAACUUGUACACUGUGGUCUUCCUUCUAUCCAACUUGGGUACCAAGACCUGGACCUUAAGGACCUAAGCUAGAAGAGACUUCAGAAGACCUAGAUGUAUGGCAUCCUGACUCAGAACUGAUCAUAUGAUGCCACAACCUCAUCAGCUUUAUACAACAGAACAAAACAUUCUCAGGUUUACUUAUAACAUCCCAACACCACUAAAAACACCCCAGACUAUGGCAUUAAACCAAAGUUGCCCAAGUCCAUGUGAACUCUGGUGGGUUUGCACAGACAAUCUGCGAUGGGUUCGAAUCCUGUGUCCUAGUUGUUUGAUACUUUUAACGAAACACUGUCAAUCUAUGGUAUAUCAUAAAACGUGUUAUUAAUUCUAUUUUGGCACAUUCCUCAUCUUCUAAGCAGAAUGUUUGCUUUUGACACACUGACAUUUUCAAAAUGUUCUAGUCUUACAAGCUCAAUCUGUAAGUUCGAUUUUUUUUUGUAUGUUUAACAAAAAUGUUCCUCCGAGUAAUAAAGAGGUGUAUGUGAGUGUACCCACCAAAAGAAUAUAUUCUGUAUAAAAGAAGAGGAGGAAUAGAUGCUAUUGACAUAAAUACUUUUAUUCAUCUUGUCACGACAUGGGGGUAGAGAAUUUACAGAUUGCACCUUUACAGUAUUAGGAAAACAUUUGAUUGUGCUGUUAAUGUAAGUGAAUGUAACGCUUGUACAUAAAGUUGUUUGCAAUAAUUCCUAGAAUUUAAGAUAAAAUGGACAUAAAUGCAGCAUGUACUGUAUCAACAAGGCCCUACACUCUUAGAAAAAAAUGGUUCCAAAAGGGUUCCUUGCAGAGGGAUAGGGUUUUUACCAAGAACCAUUUUUGAUCAGAAGAACCCUUUUCGGAAGACAAGGGUUAUUUGUAAGGCAAAGGUUUCUACCUAGAACCUUUAACAUGCUAAGAACCGUUUAUGGAAGAAAGGCAAGAAGUGUUAUACAUAUAGCCAUAUAUAGUAUUUCCCAGCAUGCAGGGAGAUUUUCAUUUUUUUUUUUACUGUAAUAUCCCUGUUUUUGCAUGUACAUUGAUUGGCUAAUACAUUUUAUACCACACAAAGAUAAAUAACAUACCGUUUUCUAAACUAAUCCAAUCUGUUGGAUUUAUUGCACCCGUUACUUGGAUGGUUGUUCCAGUUUAGAUGAUUGAGGUAGUCUCAGUAUUCAGUCUUCCAUACCCUGGCAGUCAUUCUGAAUGCAGGUUGGGGCUGAUUAAUAAUUCCACUUGUUGGCUAUCCUAACUCUGGCUGGAUUCCAAUAGGAAUUACACAUCCCUUUGCAAGCCAGCAUAAUGUGACUUGCAGGCCUGAUGUGGCAUGUAAACCAGGAGAUUCCUAUCACCACUGUGUUCCGGUAUAACUAAAGAAAUAAAGGCCUUAUGAUAUAUGUAAUAUAUUGUCAUAAAUAAUUAAAGGUGAAGGCUAAUAAGGCUGGUGGAACCAUUCAUAAAGGGUACUAGGAAGAACCCUCCAAAGAUUAAAGGAUUCUUGGUAGAACCAUUCAUAGAUGUUCUAGGAAGAACCUUUAGAUGGUUAUUGGUAGAACCAUAUACAGGGGGUUCUUGGCAAAGGGUUCUACCCAGCACCAAAAGGGGUUCCCCUAUGGGGACAAACUGAAGAACCUGUAUGCUUCUACUUAGCACCUUUUUAUCUAAGACUGUAUAUGUCAAUAAUAGAGAGAAAAUAACUAAUUUGCUCCAACGUUUCUCAGGUGCUACGUACUGUAUAUAGUAUAAUGAGUAUGUUCAGCCUUAAUAAUAUGGAGUAUAUGGAGCUUUGACAUCAUCUGAAUUAGAUAAAACAAACAAACAUAGUAUUUUAAAAUAAAAAUAUUGGUCUUAUAUUUUGAUCAAAAUCAAAAUGUCCAACAAAUGUGUAUUGGAACUAGAUUCAUUUAGCAUCCAUCCGCUAAGAUUUUAGUUUUUUGGCUCCUCUUUCUUUCUUUUCUGUCUUUUCUUUUCUGGGAGAUUGAUUCGUGAGGUAGCCUACAGUCACAUACAGUAAUCCAGAAAGCCUCUCAGUGGAGUGUAACUUGAUUCCUGAUGUCUUAAUUUGACAGUAGCACCGAAACAAAAAGACGUUUGUCAUGAAGAUGGUCAAAAUCUGGAAACUAGGCGAUUGACGGUCACAUACCGGGGGUGAUAUGACAGUCUAUGAUGGACCGGUAGAGGUUUGAAAUCACCCUCACCAUGUGACACUCGUGAAUGUGAGUUGCAUCCCCCCCCCCUUUUGAUAUUUAUGCACCUUGGCUUAUUCUCCUGAAUCUAUCUGCAUUUUGUUUCCAUAUUUUGCAUACGUUGUAUUGUAUAUAAGAGACACUCAUCAGCUCACUCAUCACUUUUGAAAGCACAAGUAAUAAAGAUCAAAUGUCUGUCAAAUGUGUAAGAUCAUGUUAACACAGCGAUCCUCCAUCCUGUCCCCUUCUGGAGAACUUAUUUGUCACAGCUCGGCAGUGACAGAGUCAGCCGAUGAAGGUGUUGAAGAGUUGAUUACAGAAUGAGUUGAAUCAGUACCCGUACUCUUGAACCCAGAACCAAAUUUGCGUGUGCUGACCGGCAUCUCGAUUGGACAUUUAAUAACAUUCAUGUUAACAGUCUGUCUCAAGAGAUUGUUGUGUCAGGUGUGACGGCGCUAAGGUUGGAUAACAACCCGCAUUACUUUGAGUCUCCAGGAGCAGGUUUGAGGAUCACUGAUCUAUCGUCUCAGUCCACUUUAACG